UAUCGGCUUAUAUAUAAAGUAAUACCUUUUAAAAAAAGGCCGUUUCCACCCCUUAUUAGGGAAUAUAAUAAUAACUAUUUUAUAUUAGUUAAGUUAGGUAUCCCGUGCUAUUAUAAAAAUUUUUUAAAAAUAACGGAAUCGUCGAUUUUUAAUAAAUAA